CGCGUGAAGCCGCGUUGACUAUGAUUGUCUGACCUCAAUUCAUCGAAGCAGGACAUGGUACGAGAACAGCAAGAGCUGCGGGCGAUAGCGCAUGCCCACACCCCUUUGGGAGCAAAGAUGCCGAGGUCGACAGCCAAUCCGACAAGGGUAUACGAGCUCCUGCUCACCCCUCAAGCCCCUCUUAUGCGCGUCGGAUCCGCUCCAGAGGUACAGAAAAGAGGUACCAGAAGCUGUCAACUAUAUGAUCGCAGCUUCUCCGUGAUCCUCGAUCCCGGACACCCUCUUGACAUCGGCUGACCAUGUCGCCGCUCUCCAACCUCGUCUCGCUCUCCGUCUCACAUGUCGCGCUCAAUCCCGUCGUUACCGCGUCGCUCCUCUGGGUGCUGACGAGAGGCCCGCCAAACGUACGCGAUCCACUUCUGAACAGAAUCUCGUCGCUUCGCAACCCGCAGACGCUCGCGAGGGUCGUCAAAGCGCUCAAGUGGCUGCUUGCGCUGGGAGUCACCGGAACGGUCAAUCAGCAGCUGAACAAGCUCGCGUUGAAUGCGUGGAGGUUGAAGAACGAGAAGAAGAGAUGGGAUUGGAGCAAGGAGAUUGCCGUAGUGACGGGCGGAUGUAGCGGGAUUGGAGAAUUGGUCGUCAAGCGACUGAUAGGCAAAGGCGUGAAGGUCGCGGUGCUCGACAUCCAGCAGCUACCGCCUAGUCUCCAAGGAUAUGCCCAUGUUAAGUUCUUCGCUUGCGACGUCACCGAUGCCGCCGCCGUCAACUCGGCCGCCGAACAGAUCAGGGACACACUGGGCACCCCGUCUAUUCUGGUCAACAAUGCCGGCAUCGCGACGGCGCACACUAUACUCGACACAUCGCCCGAAUGGCUUCGUAAGAUCUUCGAUGUGAACGUCCUCAGCAACUGGUACACCGUGCAGGCGUUCCUGCCAGAUAUGAUGGAGAAGAACAAGGGCCAUAUUGUCACGGUUGCUAGCACGGCCUCAUAUCUUGGCCUUGCGGGCAUCACGGACUAUUGCGGCACUAAAGCCGCCGUGCUUGCGUUCCACGAAGGCCUGAACGCCGAGCUCAAGCACAAAUACAAAGUGCCGAACGUUCUGACGACGUCCAUCCACCCGGUAUGGGUGCGCACGCCCCUGAUUGCUCCAUUCGAGAAGACGCUCCGAGCAGCGGGAAGCCCGAUGAUUGAUGCUCAUGUCGUCUCCGAUGCCAUCGCUGAUCAAAUCUUCAAAUGCUCAGGAGCUCAAGUUUUCUUGCCUUCUAGGGUGGGUAGGGUAAGCGCCGUGAGAGGUUGGCCGAAUUGGAUGCAGGAGGCUUUCCGAGGGAUGGUGAGUAAGGGUCUGCUGCCGGCUACCGAGCAGCAGAAGUGAAGUGGGCGGCCAGUCGCAUUGCGGCUGGUCUGCUGAGACUCGGGUUUUGGGCUUUCCAGGCGUUCGUGGCAAUCAAAUCAUACCAAAGGUCGGUCGCUUCAAGGUCAACAAAUUGGUAUCACGUUCAACAUGAGGGAGUGGAUAUAGUAUCUCCAAAAAAGGGACCGGUCGUGUCGGUGUAAGGGUGCAGUAAGCUGCAGCCUGCGUUAUGAACCAUCAAACCGGUGUGCGUUCACAGUAUUGGCGGCCUACUUUUGGCACAACAUGGC